AUGUCUACAAAGAUUAAUGAUAAAUCUGUAGCAGCAUCAUUAUUAAAAGUUUAUCGAUCUAAUAGAUCGCUUUUUUUAAACACAUCAUAUAUUGUAUUAAUUACUGCAGCGUUUACAGGUGCAGCAAGUACUGGAUCAUCAUCAUCAUCAAAUCAAAAAUUAGAUAAAUCAAUAGAUAAUUCCAAAAAUGAUAUUAAAAAAUCAAAACAUCCAAAAUUAAGUAAACAAACUGUUGAUCGACUAAUAAAAUCUAUUGUACCUCAUUGGUAUGAUAAAACAAUAAUUUAUUUAUUAAGUCAUAUAAUUUUGUUAGUAAUUAGAGCUUUAUUAACUAUACAAGUUGCAACUUUAGAUGGUCAAUUAGUUGGAGCAUUAGUUUCAAAAAGGUUAAAAGUUUUCAGUAAAUAUCUUUUAAUAUGGUUAUUAAUUGGUAUACCAGCAUCAUUAACAAAUGCUUUAUUAAGUUGGACAAAAUCAAAUUUAAGUAAAAGCAUAAGAGAAAAUUUAAAUUCAUCAAUAAUGAAAAAUUAUUUACCUGCAAAUUUAGAUGCAAAUUAUUAUUCAUUAAUUCAUUUAAAUGAUAAUAAAAUAAAAGAUCCAAAUCAAAGAAUUACAACUGAUGUAACAAGAUUAGCUCAAGCUUUAAGUGCAUUACCAGGUCAAUUAUUAAAACCUACUUUAGAUCUUGUGUUAUGUGCAAGAAAAUUAAGUCAAAGUGGUGUUGGAAAUGGUGAAGGUACUUUAGCUUUAGGUAUAUUAGCUCAUUUUUCAACAAUGAUUAUAAGAUUUUUUUCUCCUCCUUUUGCAAAAUUAGCAAGUGAAAGAGCUAAUUUAGAAGGUCAAUUAAGAUCUGCUCAUUCUAAAAUUGUUUCAAAUAAUGAAGAAAUUGCAUUUUUAAAAGGUCAUUAUAGAGAAUUAGAUUAUAUUGAUUAUUGUUAUUAUACUUUAGAAAGAUUUUCAAAGGGAGAAUAUUGGAAAAAAGCCAUACAUGAAAUUGCUCAAACUUUUAUUGUUAAAUAUUUUUGGGGUGCUGCUGGAUUAGUAUUAUGUUCUGCUCCAAUAUUUAUAAAUAAAUAUAUUGGAGAAGAUCCAAAUAAUGAUACAGCAAGUAAUUUUAUAACUAAUAGAUCAUUAUUAUUAAGUGCUUCAGAUUCUUUAGAUAGAUUAAUAUUUGCAAGAAGAUAUCUUUUACAAAUUGUUGGACAUUCAAAUAGAGUUGCACAAUUAGAAGAUAGUUUAUAUGAAGUUCAAGAAAAUAAAAAAAAAAUAACAUCAAAUGUUAAAUAUAAUAAUGAUGAAAUAUGUUUUAAAAAUGUUAAAUUAUUAACUCCUGCAAAUGUUACAUUAAUUGAAAGUUUAAAUUUUGAAAUUAAAAAGGGUGAUCAUUUAUUAAUUUCAGGUCCAAAUGGGUCCGGAAAAUCUUCAUUAUUUAGAAUGCUUGGUGGAUUAUGGCCAGUAAAAGAAGGUACAAUAACAAUUCCAACUUCUGAAAAUAUGUUUUAUUUACCUCAAAGAGCUUAUUUAGUAACAGAUUCUUCAUUAAAAGAACAAAUAAUAUAUCCACAUUCUUUACAACAACAAAAAAAAUCAGAUGAAGAAUUAAAUGAAAUUUUAAAAGUUUUAAAAUUACAAGAUUUUAUACCACAAUUAAAUGAAAUUAAAAAUUGGAAUGAAGAAUUAUCAACAGGUGCACAACAAAGAUUAGCAAUGGCAAGAUUAUAUUAUCAUGAACCAAAAUUUGCAGUAUUAGAUGAAUGUACAUCUGCAGUAUCACCAGAUAUGGAACAAUUUAUGUAUCAAUAUGCUCAAAAUUUAGGUAUUACUUUAUUAAGUGUUUGUCAUAGACCUGCUUUAUGGCAUUUUCAUAAAUAUUUAUUAAAAUUUGAUGGUAAAGGUGGAUAUUUUUUUGGAAAAUUAGAUGCUAACAAGAGAUUAAAUUUAGAAAAUGAAAGAAUUGAAUUGGAAAAAAAAUUAAGAGAUGUUCCUAUUUUAAAAGAAAGAUUAUCUGAAUUAAAGAAAGUUUCAAAAUUACAACAUGAUAAAUAUAGAAGUUAG